UCGGUUACAAAGUUAGAAUAAAAAAACCUCUGUGGUGUGGUUGCAACUUACAAUUAAGUACCAGCUUAGCGUCCUAUACCAGUUAUAAUAAGUUGUAAGAAAUACAUCAAUAAUAGAAAUAACAAUUAAAACACUAUCUGAGAUAUAUAAUAAAACUUACCAUUAUACGAGUAUGAAUUGAAAAAAUGUCUGAAGGGUAUAGAAUAAGUGCAGCUACUGUUGACAAUAAAUCCGGUGUAAAUCACGAUGAAAAUUAUUGUUUAGUAAAUGUUAUAUGUGUAUUUAUAUCACUUGUAACAAUACUAGCGGAUUUAACUACUGAUAUAUUAGUUUUUGCUGAAUAUUGUCACAACAGUCGUUAUAAUUGGGCAACAGCAACUUUUCUAUUUAUCGUCACCCCCAACGUAAUAAUAAAUAUAUUUUCUAUAAGAUGGUAUGUAUGUGACCAGAAAAUUAAUGUUCGUCAUUGGAUAACACACGGAUUUCUUAUUGGAUUAUUAGAAAGGUACGUAACAUUUUUAUAUAAAGUUUUUGCCUGCAAAAACCUGGAAUCAAUUAAAACUGAGAAAUGGGUGUCUAAAAGAAAUGAUUUGAGUUUAUUACACUUUUUAUAUGUUUUCACUGGGACAAUUCCACAAAUUAUUUUACAAUCAUAUGCCAUCAUUGUUUUAAGUGAAAAUUAUUACACUAAAGCAUUUGCUCUAACAGCUUCAAUAGCAUCAGUAAUAUGGAGUUGUUCGACAUACAUCUACAGUACAACAGUAUUUACCCAUGAAGGGUUUCAAUGGAGUUCUUUUAUUAUAAAACUUACAUGGCAUUUUGCCAUUUUAAUUGGAAGGAUUCCAAGUAUACUAGUAUUUGCCAUGAUUUUUGGUAUAUGGACAUUAAUUCCUUUGGGUUUACACUGGUCUGUAAUGACAUUUUGGAUUGUUAUGCAAAAAACAUCAUUUUGUGCCAACAAACUGGAAGAGGCCUUGUAUAAUGUAGUCAUGGGAUUUUUAUAUUGUUUUUGUUAUAUUAAUUUAAGUGAAGGUGAAACACGAUAUCGAUUAUUGCUGUUUUAUACAUUAAUAGUUACCCAAAAUUUUGGUGGAUUACUCCUGUAUGUAUUGAUUUCCGACAUCGAUCAACAAAAAAAACCAUGGUCUAUUGCAGCUACAGUAUGUGUAAUAGCCGGGACUCUAAUUGGCAUAGCUACAAUGAUACUAUAUUAUAAAUAUUUUCACAUAAAAAGACUUAAAGAAGAGAGGAAUAAUUCCCAUUGUGAUAUUGAAUUAAAUAAUAAAGUAACGAAUGAAAAAUCGGACAGCACUAAGACUGUUAACCACGUCAGAGCGUUUAAAAGUGGACAGAUUACCGAGCUACCAAGAAAAAAAAGAUACAAAAAAAAGAACGUAGCGUCGCCGGAACCAACAUCAAAAAGUGAAAAUCAAAAUGUUGACAAAAAUUUUUUACUAGAUCACUGGAUUGCAAUGUCGCGGACACCAACUUUGACAUCAGUCCCUUUAGACAAUAGUAGUAUGGAUGUUUCUAGUAUUGAAGUAUAUACCGUUGAAAAUACUCCGCGGUCAAAUACAAGUGCCGCAAUUAGAGAGGAUUCUGAAUUAUACAGGACUCACAGACAAAUUGAAUGUUUAAAAAGUUUGCAUUCACCAAAUGACCUUAUAUUAAAACUAUCUAGUAUAAAAAAUAUAGAAAGUUCUAUAGACGAAAUUACAUCUAAUAACAUGAACAUACAAAAGCGCCGAGGAAUUUGUUCUUCGGAUGAAUUAAGAGAUAGUUUGACUAAUAUUAAUGAAGGAAAUGACAGUUUUAUUAAAAAUAUGAAAAUUGGCCGAAGUUCAGAAAUUAGUCAAGAUACAGAUGGCUCAAACAAAAAAACUUCAUCAGAUUCUAUUGAUAUGGAUUUGGAUUUAAGUUUUAGUGACAUCAAUAGCUCAGAUAUAAAUACCUUUAAUGAAAAUAUAGUGCAAAAAUUAUGCCUAAGUGCAUUAAAGAAUAUAAAAGUGGGAAAUCAAGACGCAGAUAUUGAAAACAUUCAAAGAAUAGCGUUAGAUAUUCUUAAAGAAAUGUAUACUAAAAAAGAUAAAAGUAGAAGCAAAGUUAACAAGGAACGUUUUCUAUCAAAACAACGAGACCUAGAUACUCCUUCAGAAUUAUUAUCAGUUCAUGAUUAUGAAAAUAUCUGUGCUGUAAAUAUUGCAAGAGAAGCCUGGGGACUAAGAUCUUGGAAUGGAUAUUCAGAUAUUGAAAAUUGUCAACAUGAUGGAAGUGUCGUACGUGAUAGAAGAGGUGAUACAUUUACUUCAGAAAGUUCAGAGAUAAGUAGUUGCCUAUCUCAAGAAUUGAAGAAUGCCAUGAUGUCAGCUCCGCCAUUCUCUAAAAAGACUCCUACCUAUUCCAAUAUUUCUGUAAACUUAGACAGAGAUAAUCAAGAUUAUGUUAAUACAGCUAUGUGCGUUGCAGACGAAGAUACGGUGAUAACCAAACCAUGUGUAAUAGAUUUUAGUAAAGAUCCCUAUCAUUUAGAACCUAUAAUAGAAGAAUUAGAUGAUUUAGGAGACAUAGAUACACCUGCGAAGAAAAGGCUAAACUCUGAAAGUUCACUAGUUGCUACAAUAGAUGAAAUUCGAAAUGCAUUUAUAAAUAAUUCACCACGAAAUUUAUAUCACCGAAGAGAGCAUUUAUGGGAUUCGCCUCAUUAUGGAGCAUCUGCUUCUAUCGAAAAUACUUUAAAGAAAGCUCUUUGGAAAGAACCUUCAAAGUUUGAUUCUAGUAAUAUAAUGGAAUCUCUUCCUGAAAAAGAAAAUAUAAUAAGUGUAUCUCAUGAUUCGAAGUUUCAUUCUAAUAAUGAAUCUAGAAUCCUAGAUAAAGCUACUCAAAAUGACUUCAUUAAUGUGGAAAGCGCAGAAACAAGUCGAAAUCCUAGACGGCGACAAAAAACAAAUAUUUGUGGCAUUAAAUUACAAAAUAAGAAACUUAAUAAUAAGUCAGACCAUCGUCUUCAAGACCUUUCAAAUAGAGACAUAGAUUUUUUAUGGCAGUUGGUAUCUGAAAAUUCUUUACCACAUAGUUCCAUAGAGGACCUUUCGUCUACUAGAAUAUCAUCAUCUCUACAGUCACUAAUACAAAAAGAUCCUGGUGUAGCUGUCGUUAGUACACCUGCACCUAAAAUAACAAAUAUAAAAAAAGGAGUACGAAGUAAACCAAGAAGAAAAUUCUCUAUAUUAAGAGAAAAAUUCGAACCUAAAAUAAAUUUAAAUUCCGAUAAAGAAAUUUUGUGUCAUGGUUUAGAAAACAAAUCAAGUGCUUUAGAGUCAAAUUUUAUUAACGUGAUAAAUGACUUAGAUGCCACAAAAGACAGAAUUAACUUUAAUUCAAAGACUAAUAGUUCCAGUACACAUACCUCCGAUUACCUAUGUUCCAAAAGUAUCAAGGAGAAACGAUCUCUGUUUAUGAAACAAGUACUCAGCCCACCAAAAUUUAAUACUAAGCUGAAGCAUAAGAUGUAGUGUAAAAUAAUCAUUUGUUCCCAGGGGCGGAUCUACCUAAGGGCUUUUUGGGCUGCAGCCCAGGGCCCCGAGGAUGGAUACAAAGGGCCCCCAGUCCCCUUGGAAAUGAUAUUUAGAACCUAUCAUAAGGUUGGCAACCGCGCGUCUAUCGAAAGGAAUGGGGUAUUUCUGAUCGCUUGUUUUUGGUCGGUGUAUUUUUUUAGUUGAGUAAUAUAAUUAGAUACGAUAGGUAGGCCCCUAAGUAGAUUUAGCCCAGCCCCACAAAUUCAUGAUCCGCCCCUGUUUGUUCCUAAUUGUUAUGUGUAGUUUUAUCUCAUAGUCAUAUACUAUUAACACGAACGAGGAUCUCAUGACGUAUGUAGUCAUUUAAUUCUAACACUAAAGUCUAGAGAUAAAAAUAAUUAAUCAUACAUUACAAUUUAAUAUGAAAUUAUCUCUUCAUCAUACUUUUCAACGAAUACUAUAUUAUUCUUACGACUUGUAACAAAUUAUAAUUAUACAUCCAUAAUUUUAUAAUGAAAAGCCAAACAUUCCAACAUUCUAACUAGGACUGCAAAUAAUUAGUUCUAUUAAUGCUUUGCCAGUGUACGUAGUUGUUAAAAAAUAUUGGUAGCAUAUAAAUCAACAGAGAAUAAGAUUUGAAUAAAUAGGAAAUACUAUGCUUUUCUAUAGUGGUCAACGAGAGUUACGAAGAACUUACCGAUUAAGCUGAAUUUAUGCUACAAUAGCUUUUACUACAAAGAUGUAUACUGCAUUAUAUGUUAACGUGCCUAAUCAAUAUUGGGAUCGGAUAAAUAAUGUCACCAACUGCAUGAUGAUUAUGUACGUUUGCUUCUAUUACUGACUAAAGUAAAAUAAAAUAUUACGUUGUAUAUUUUUAUAUACAAAUAUAGCUCGAAUUUAAAAGCAGUUAGCUUUUAAAUUCGAGCUGUAACAUAGGUAAUGAUAUGUUACCCAUGUGAAUUCUGAUGAAAAGUAAUACAUAUUAAUCUCGAAUAUAUGUGUCAAUAUUUCAAAUUUAAUCCGUCCAGUAGAUACUAUUCGCUUUCAUAUUAGUACAUUUUAGUAGGUAUUAAGACUCUGUGGGAUUGUGUAAUUUGAGCUUUUAAUAAUUAAUUUUGUAUAAACUAUUGUAUGACACUUAGCCUAGGUUUUUUACUAUAAAUUUAUUCUGGUUAGUUUCCUGAUUUUAUAGAACUAAGUAAUUAAAGAUAUGUGUAGAAACAUAGCUACUAUUAAAAUAAGCAUAAAAGUACCUACUAUCUGUGAUUUAUAUUGUGCAUAUAAUAUUUUAAUAACCCAGCCAGUAUUCAGCAUUAAUAAUUGGAACCUAUAUUUCAUUCUUGCCAUUUAAGUAUUUAAUAUUAUUAUAAUAUUCAUUAAUUUCAAGGAUAUUUUUAUAUUGAAAUUUGUAUCGCUGUAAUAUGUAUAGAAAAGGGGUCACCUCUAAAAUAUGUCACACUUUAAGGGGAGAGACGAGUGUCGACGAAGUGUGAUUUUGCGUUGGAAGGACUGUAAAGGACAUAUGCUUUCAUAUUUUAUUACAAAAUAAAUUUAAAUGGAUAGUGAUCUAAUUUUGUAAUUCUAGAUUUAAUAUUGAUAAUCUAAAUAUGUAACGUCAGAGUAGGAAGCGGGGGGAGUUUCAAAUGUAUCCAUGUGUGGCAAAGACGAGUAUGUGGGAAGUGAGUAAUCAGGACAGUAAUGUGCUGCUCAAUUUCCGUAGCUAUUUAAGUAUAUAGUAAAAUAGAUAUUGCCAUUCUAUGUGUAAUUUAGUUACAAUUAAUUGUCAUCAUUUAUGUAUCUUCUGAUUUUUCUUUCAGAAUCGCUAAACACAUUAUGUUGUACUGAUAUUGUUAGUAGACAUAGAGGUUUAAGAAAUGUGAUCUAAAUAAUAAAAAAUUAAAAGUGAUAAAAGUAAUCUUAUAUUUAGCAAAAUAAAAUAUAUCAAUAUAAUUAAAAUAGUUGCCAUUCAUACACGAUUUUUUUAGCAUUUUUAAUGCUUAUGACUUAUAUGAUUUAAUUUUAUUAAGUAUAUAUACAUCUGUUUUUAUUACUUCAUAUAAAACAUUUAAUAUUAUCACAAUUUGCCAUUCGACAUUAAUAAUAAUUAAUCGCAAUAAAUAAUUUUGUAUAAAUUAUUCUUUUCUUAAAUAAUUUCAUUCAAAUACCUUUCUCAGUCUUGAAUAUUUUUUUUAUUUUGUAACUCUUCAUAAAUAAUCAAAAAGACUUACCUAAAAAUAAUAUAUGAAUUAACUUGGCAAUAUAAAUAAAUGCAUCUUAAAUUUAAUGCAAUUGUGUAUAUUAAACUACAAGUUUUAUCACUAUGAAUAUUAGAAAAAUUUUGUUUCACCGCGGCUAAGGAACAUAAUGACAUAAACAUAAAUUUAUCCAAAAAGAUAUAACAAUUUAAAUUCAGACUGUUAUUAUUCUUAUCGGUGCAAUAUAUAAAAUUCUUCCUUAUCUAUAAUAAUAUUAAUUUUAUUAUCAUAUAUAUAUUUAAAAUUACGCGUCAAACUUAAUGCUUAAAUAAAAUAU